GUGACAUACGGCCCAAUAGAAGCAACGCCCUAUCCGGCGGCGGCUAUCCCCAUCGCAUAAAAAGCUGGGAGGUGAGGCUAACCAAGAACCCUAGCCUCCGGAUCCAUCCAUCCGCCCCUCGCUGCCGCUGCGUCUCGUCUCCACCACCCCACUUGCCCCCGGACCAGGAGGAUCGUCGGAGAUGUCGGACACCGAUGAGCACCACUUCGAGUCCAAGGCCGACUCCGGCGCCUCCAAGACCUACCCGCAGCAGGCCGGCGCCAUCCGCAAGGGUGGACACAUCGUCAUCAAGGCUCGUCCCUGCAAGGUUGUUGAGGUCUCCACCUCCAAGACUGGGAAGCAUGGUCACGCAAAGUGUCACUUUGUUGCCAUUGACAUCUUUAAUGGAAAGAAGCUUGAGGAUAUCGUUCCUUCAUCCCACAACUGUGACGUCCCCCAUGUUGACCGCCAAGAUUAUCAGCUGAUUGACAUAACUGAUGAUGGAUAUGUCAGCCUUCUAACUGAGAGUGGCAACACGAAGGAUGACCUGAAGCUUCCCACUGAUGAUGUUCUGCUUGGCCAGAUCAAGACUGGAUUUGCUGAUGGCAAGGACCUGAUCCUGUCUGUGAUGUCCGCCAUGGGUGAAGAACAGAUCUGCGCUGUGAAGGAAAUUGGUGGUGGCAAGUAAGCAGCUGUGCGUGGUUGCCUACCUGCGAUACUUGGUAUCUAGUGCUUCUGGGUGUUUGAGAUACACAUACAUAGGCAUCAAGAUAUCUGUUGGGUGAAACAAGUUUGAUCCAGAUUUGUGUGUUAUUUACACCGAAUGCUCGAGGUGCUGCUAGUACUUUGUUAUCUAUCUAUCUAUCUCUAUUAUAAUACCCUUUGGAAUUGGAACUGAGUGGUGGCUGGAACUUAGAUUCCGGUUUGCUCAUCCGCCCUAUCUCUAUGAAUGAAUUGGUUUGGGUUA